AGUGUUUUGUGAUGGGAUGGAAAAUGGCGGCUGUUCUAAGACAGCGCCGCAUCAAGUUUGAACCAUGCAAGUAUUAACAAAAAUUGGGCGUUCUUUUACUUUUCUCAGUGCGUAAUAGAUUUAAACGUAGCGUCUGUAGUACGGUAUUAAUUGAUUCUAAGCUGCCGCUUUGUAUAAACAGGACACCGUCUUGAAAGCUAACAUUAGCUGAGCAGAUGUUGAGAUGAUAAAGGCUAGAAACAAAGCUCGAGUAUCAACACUCAGUCCUGUUUUAAUGUUACUGAGAAUCUAUUUUAAGCAUUAACGUCUGUUUACUGUAAUAGUGUUAUUACUAAUUUUUAAGUAUUUAGACUCAUUCCACAUAAAAGUGGGAGACGAUAACUGGAAGAGGUCGGUGAGUUUUAGUAAAUGUAGAUGAGUUUGUAACUUUAAAUCCGUAACUCGGUUGAAAUUAUCCACAAGGAAUCAAAGGGACGUGUACGUUGCUGUUUGUGGGAAACCAGUAACACAAGCUAAGUGGCUAAAGCCUACCCCUUCAGUGUUUGUUUACUACUCUUCAAUGGGUGCAACUUGGUGAAGUCCUUGCCAUCACUAAGUGUCUUAAACUACGUGCAGCUAUUUGGACAAAUCUUGGUUUUCACCAAUAAUGGAUGACAAGCCACGAUACAGCAAGAGACUGCGGGCUGGUACCCGGCGACGUUAUCAUGACGAUGGUAUCUCAGAUGAGGAAAUUGAUGGACGAAGGAUGUUUGAUCUGGAGGAGAAAGUCCACAGUCAGAGGUUUAACUCUGACCGUGUCAUCCGCAUGGAAGGAAAAGAUUUCACAUACGAGUUUGUCCAACGAGGGGGGCUGAGAGAUCCAAUCAUCUUUGACAAGCCUGCUGGAUUAGGAAUUAAGAUGCCUGACUCUGACUUCAGCGUCAAUGAUGUCAAGUUGUUUGUUGGUAGCAGACGUAUGAUUGAUGUAAUGGAUGUGAGUACUCAAAAAGGAACCGAAAUGUCCAUGGCUCAGUGGACACGUUACUAUGACACUCCACCAUCUCAGAGAGAGAAGCUCUAUAACGUCAUCAGCCUGGAGUUCAGCCACACCAAGCUGGAGAAUCUGGUUAAAAGACCUACCACAGUGGAUCAGAUUGACUGGGUGGACAACAUGUGGCCUCGUCACUUGAAAGAGAGACAGAGAGACUCGACCAACUCGAUCAAUGACAUGCAGUAUCCCAAAGUGCAGAAAUACUGUCUGAUGAGUGUCGAGGGCUGCUACACAGACUUCCACAUUGACUUCGGAGGGACCUCUGUCUGGUACCACAUACUGAGAGGAAGCAAGGUGUUCUGGCUGAUCCCUCCCACCCCGCAGAACCUUGAGCUGUAUGAGAACUGGGUGCUGUCAGGAAAACAGGGGGAUGUUUUCUUAGGAGACAGAGCAUCUGACUGCCAGAGGAUUGAACUGAAACAAGGCUUCACCUUCAUUAUACCCUCAGGGUGGAUUCAUGCAGUCUACACCCCUGUGGACUCCAUGGUGUUCGGAGGAAACUUCCUACAUAGCUUCAACAUCUCAACUCAGCUUAACAUCUGUAAUAUAGAGGAUCGAACACGGGUACCAGUGAAGUUUCGUUACCCUUUCUAUUAUGAAAUGUGUUGGUACGUUUUGGAGCGCUACAUCUUCAGCCUCACAAAGACCUCCUACCUUACACCAGAGUUUCAGAAAUACUCCUUGGGCAUUGGUCUGAAAAAACCACCCAAUGUGGACCCAUCCAGUGAGCAGGUGAAGGAGGGCAGUUCCAGUGAUGAAGAUACAGAGCAGCAGUCAGACAAACCAGGGGCUAAAGUUCAUCUGACUCCCUUUGAGCUGGAGGGUCUGUGGAACUUGCUGGGCAAAUUGGAGACCCUGCCCUCUAACAAGAAGUGUGUCCCAGCAGGGAUACACAAUGCCCCGGCACUCACUACACACAUCAGGGCACUACUGAAGGAGCAUGCUAAUGACAAUCCCAAACUGUCCUACACAGGAAAACCCAUCGUCAAGUGGCCAAAAAGGCCAUCCUGGUAUCAGCCGCCUCCUCCACCACCGCCUCCUCCUCGUCCAAAACUGGCCACUACACCUAUUAUCCCACGACCUCAGAAACCGGCCUCUUCUAUGUCUGUGUUGAGGCGUCGCAGAGUUAGAUGCAAGCGCUGCGAGGCCUGUAUGAGACCAGAGUGUGGAGACUGUAAUUUCUGCAGAGACAUGAAGAAGUUUGGAGGACCUGGAAAGCUUAAGCAGACCUGUGUGCUCCGACAGUGUCUUUCUCCUGGUCUUCCUCUGUCUGCUGUCUGUGAAAUCUGCAAAGAUCCUAAUCAGGAGGACAGCGGUGACCCCUCCCUCACUCUGAUGGAAUGUUCCAAUUGCGCUCAGAUUGUUCAUCCUGCCUGUCUUACGGUCCAAGGAGAAGGUGUAGUAAAUAAAGAUCUGCCUAGCUGCUGGGAGUGUCCAAAGUGUGUCCAAGGAAUCACUGACCAAGAGUCAUCAGGCAGCGAUGAAUCUGCCGGCCCCCAGCAGCACAUCCGUUCCCGCGGCCCCCUGGUCCUCAGGCUAGGCCCCGGGCCCUCUGCUACCAUAGGGGGUCCUGUGGGUUCCCAGCAUGAUGGGGAGGUGGUCCGUUGUGGUUUCUUCCCUCCUCCUCCUCUUCCUUCCUGCUCUUCUUCCUCAGCGUCACUUCUCUUGGUGGCGGCCCCUCUGCCCUCUCAGCCAAUCAGCUUGAGACUGUCUAAAGGAGAGAGAGGAGACAGCCUUCCUGGGAAACGCAAAGCAGCUUCGCUGCUUGAUGCGCGUAUGGCUAAGAUUUACCGUCGGCAGAGACACAGCCGCGAUGGAGAUGAAUCUGCCAGUGAUGAUGAUGAUGAUGCUUCUCAGAGAAGAAAGAUGACGCUACAAGCACGAGCUGGAAACAACCAAACCAGGAGAGGAUUUGGUGCCAACAGGAGAGGGAAUCUGGUGAGAGGAGGGUCUUCUCACAGAGGAAGCAGAGGAGGGAUGAUGACUGCUGGUUCUUCAUCCAUGCUCAAACUAAAGCGAGGGGCGGGCAUGAGGGAGGGAGGAAAGAGGGGAAGGGGCGUGAGGUUGCGAGGAGGCUCCAGGGUGCAGCGACGAGGAGAUGAUUCUGAGGAGUCGGAUGAAGAUGAUGACGAUGAUGAUGACGAAGAGGAGGAGGAUGAGGAGGACAGCGAAGAGGGGGACAAAGAACGACGCCACCGUCAGCGUAGGAGGAGACGCAGGACUGAUGAUGACGAUGACGAUGAUGAGGACGAGGACAGCGAGGAGCAGGACUUCGACCCAGAGGAGGAGGAGAUGGACACACUGGAGGAUGAAGAAGAAGAAGAGGAGGAGAUGGAGGAGGAAGGACGGUGGGAUUCAGACCCAGAGCCUCCUGUCCUCCUGGUGUCAGAUCUGAACGACGAACUGCUGAGUGGAUCUUACCUGACUGUCACUCUACAGCGCCCCCACAAGGCAAAGAGACAAUCUGGCUCCAUCGUUCCAAAGCUUGAAGCAGCCAUGGGUCCAAGGUCAGGCUCAGUGGGUGCUGGUGGUCAGCAAAGCUUCAUCCAGAGAAAGACUGCGCUUUCCAAACCUGUAAGGCUCAAGAACAGUGACACGACUGACGGCGUAAGUCCAAGAGGGCCUGGCAGGCCACGUCUGCGAGGUAACCAAGGCGAGCGAGAUGCAAGGGAUCGCUCUGGCUCUUCGUCAGAGGAAGACGAAGCAGCCACCGCUGCGUUGUCAACCCUCUCUCCUCCAUCACUCCUUUUGCUGCCGUCCUUUAAGGACGUUGGAAAUGAGAAGGGAGGAGAGAAGGAGGUGUGGGUGUCAGUGUUCAAAUACCUGAACAGACCGGAGCUACUGGCGUGUAUGACCGUUUGCAAGGCCUGGUACAAGUGGAGCUGUGACAAACGUCUGUGGAGCCACAUGGAUGUGAGCCGCUGCAGCCCGCUGAGCAACCAGGCCCUGGCAGGCAUCGUCAAACGGCAGCCCACAUCCCUAGACCUGUCCUGGACGCCUUUGGCCAAGAGGCAGCUUAACUGUCUACUCACCAGGUUACCAGGCCUGAGGGAGCUGAGCAUAGCUGGUAUGUCCUGGGCCUGCCUGUCGGCACUAGUUUCUCCCACUCUGCCUUACCUGCGGCUGUUGGAUCUCCGCUGGUGUGAGGGCGUUAAAGAUUCACAGAUUAAAGAAAUCAUCACCCCACCAGGCUCAGAGUCAUCGCGCAGCAGGCUGAGGAACAUGAUUGAGUUGCGACUGUCUGGUUUGGACAUCAGCGACUCCACGCUGAGGCUGCUGCAGCGUCACAUGCCCCAACUGGAAAGACUGGACCUCGCUCACUGCAAAGACGUAACAGACUCAUCCAUCGCCUUGUUGGCAGCAGCCGGCACUCACACUCGCAAUAACCUCACAGAGCUCACACUUGCAGGGUGUAGUGAUCUGACGGAUGGCUGUCUGUCCUACCUGAAGCGUCUCUCAUCUCUGGCUCUUCUGGAUCUGAGAGGUUGUAAAAACAUCAGCAGACGAGCUUGCGACGCCUUCAUCUCCGACCUCUCUCAUGUAGCCCUCUACUGUAUGAUGGAGGAAAAGCUCAUUCAGAGACUGGACUGAUGAAUGGUGCUGUGCUUCAGAAUGGCGACGCAUCUUUCACUUCAUAUUUACAUUUCAACCUUGUCGUAAAUUUUAUGUUGUGAAGUUUUACAGGUUCAGUGUCUUCAUAUUUGCUGGAAAAUGGGUUUCACUUGAACAUGGAUGUGUCUGCUAAGUUGAAGCCAGUUCUAUAAAAAAUGUAUUUAGUUGUAUUUUGACUUGGUUCAGAUUCACACAUGACAUUAGCGUUGUACAGGGGUUUUUUUUUUUGUUUUUUUUUUACGAAAGAUAUUGUAUAAAACCUUAAUAAACUGUGAAUUGUUCUGUGUA